ACCAGGGUGGCUUAACUAGGAGCAGCCCUCAAUGAGGGACCCAUAUUUCACAACCUCAGAGGCAGUUUCCUUCCUUGAUGUUCCCCCAAACCAUAGCUUAGUCAUCAGAGAAUUUUCCCCAAAAUUUUGUUAGGAAAUGAGUCUAGUAGCCGGAUCCUAGUUAUCUCAUGAUAACUUCAGAUUACUCCUCUCCAGGGUCACCUUUCCUCUCCCAGGCCUUGCAAAUCCUUUGUGCCAGGAGUCAGUCUUUGAUGUGUGACAUCUUUGCUUGGGGCUAUUCUCAGAGUGAACCCAAGUGUUCUAGAUGAGAAGACAGAGGAAUGGGUUCACAUAAUUAGUCUGCCCUCUUCCCUACCACUACCACCACUACCAAGCAGAUGGACUCUGGACCUUCCACCACCACUCCUUUUUUCACUACUACAGAACUUUUUGGCUCUACAAAGAGGGGAAGGACACAGACACUCUGCUUUUCUGAUCUACAUACCGAUCCCAACCCCAAUUAGUGACGUGAACCCUGAAUCUAAUUAAGAUCUGCAGGUGUCUCUGGCGAGGGAGAUGUCAUCCUCUUUAAAGGUCCUGCACCCUCUCUUUGUCCUCCUUUUUCCCCUAUGUGGGCUGCUUAUACAUGGCCAGAACCUCUCCUGGAAGGAUUUCAUGAAACAGCACUACCUGAGGCCAACCCAGGAAUUUGGGCAGUACAAAUGUAAUGUCCUCAUGAGGGAAAUAGAGGCUCUGAGAGGCAAGAACACUCACACUUUUAUCUAUACCUUAUGGCAUCAUAUUGAUCGUAUAUGCUUCAAGUCCUGGAAAGAACGCUACAGCAAUGUGUAUAUAUGGGCCAGAUCUCCCAUCAAAGUUCUCAAGUGUUUCCGAAAGAAUUUUAAAAAUAGCUACAAAGAGAGGAGGAGCUACAGCUAUGUUGAAUUCCACUGUAGCAUGAAUGGGUACGUUGAUAGCAUAGAAGACAUCCAAUUGUUAGAGGUUAUCAGCGUGUAGAAUGGCUACCCACCACCCCAAGUUAUAGUAGUGUCCAGUGCUUCCCAAGUGGUGGCCCCUGCCUACAUCAACAGCUCCUGCCACUUUGCACUUUAUAUGUUAAUUUUUUCAAACUACUUAGAGUUUCUUGAUAUCAUAAUUUUUACUAUGUUUUUUCUCUGCCUGGAAUACCCUUCUGUCCUCAUUU